GAUGAGAUUCGGAACUCUGAUUAGUUGCCCUUGCUGUGACGUAACAGCUAACUUGUCGGUGAUUGGCUGUCAGGUCAGCUUUAGCGCUGCACACAUCCCUUUAUCGCUGUGGUCCGGAAACAGCAGCCAGCAAAAGAUUCCACUAUGGAUCUGGUGCUGAAUGUUGCCGAUCAUUACGUCCUCACCCCGUACGUGUACCCAGCGUCGUGGCCUGAGGAUGGCACCCUGCGGCAGAUUAUUAGCCUCCUGGUGCUGACCAACCUUGGGGCUGCCAUCCUCUACCUGGGCCUGGGAGCCAUCAGUUACUUCUUAGUCUUUGACCACAAGCUGAUGAAGCACCCACACUUUUUAGAGAAUCAGGUUCAGAGGGAGAUCAAAUAUGCCAUGACCUCUCUGCCCUGGAUCAGCCUUCCCACUGUGGCUCUGUUUUUUGCUGAAGUACGAGGAUACAGCAAACUGUACGACGCCGUUGAUGAAUCUCCACUGGGUUGGCCUGGUCUUUUCCUGAGUAUGAUUUCCUUCCUGUUUUUCACUGACAUGUGUAUCUACUGGAUUCACCGCUUCCUACACCACAAGCUUAUAUACAAGUUCUUUCACAAACCUCACCACAUAUGGAAAAUCCCAACUCCCUUUGCGAGCCACGCCUUCCACCCAGUGGACGGAUUCCUGCAGGGGCUCCCCUACCACAUCUACCCCUUCUUCUUCCCUCUCCACAAGGUGCUGUACCUGGGUCUCUAUGUUUUCGUCAACAUCUGGACUAUCUCUAUACAUGAUGGCGACUACAGAGUUCCCAGCUCCCUGAUCAGCGUCAUUAAUGGCUCAGCACACCACACUGACCAUCACCUCUUCUUCGACUACAAUUACGGCCAGUACUUCACACUGUGGGACCGCCUGGGAGGCUCCUACAGACACCCGUCGGCUCUGAUGGGCAAAGGCCCACACAAUCUGAUCCGAAAACUUCAAGCAGAAGGAAAGUUAGGAGACAAUGGAGGGAAGACCAAGGGCUCAGUCAUGCUGAAAGAGGAGUAAUGGCAAGAAGAAAGAAAUCUAUUUCUAAAAGUGAUCACUAUUUUUUUAAAGACUUUGUGCUAUGGCCACACUAAAGAGAAAUAAUUUUAAUAUGAAUGGACUUGCCAAAUAAGCAAUGUAGAAGUGCAUUAAAGGAGGGAGGAUAUUAAGAACUAUAACUGACAGAGCAGAGGGGCAUCAGAAACCUAAAGGAGCUGCUAUGUUGUAAUGUCACCAUUACUGAUAGACAUCAAGAAUGAAUGGGGAAAAUGACACAUUCACACUGAACAGAUAUAAAUAAAAACAAGUUGUUUGGUUGCACCUUUUUUACCCACAUGCCUGUUGAAAGGGAGUGUUGGACCCUGACUGGACUAAUAGUUGGGUACUAGUUGGUUUAUUAAGAAAAUAAAAGAAAAAAAAAACAGC